AAGACGAAGAAGAAGAAGCUAAAGUUGCAAGGUCAGCUGAUCUCGCGCAUUUCCUGUAAUUCAGUCAGAGGCGCAGCGGUUAGCAACACACUGAGCUGGAGUUUUUAAUUCAUUAAGAAGACCUUACAGUGUGAAGAUCUAUCCUUUAUUCCCUGAAAGAUGGCGGACACAGAGCAGCAAAAUCCUCCUCCUCCCCCUCCCCCACAGACUGGGCCUGUGCAGUUCUUGUUGAGCAACAAGCUGGAGACGGCCAUGUGGCUCUCGCGUCUCUUCACGGUCUACUGCUCCAUCAUGUUCAUCCUUCCUCUGCUUGGGCCAAUGGCAGCGGCUAACUUCUACCAAAGGGCUCUCUUGGCCAACGCUUUGACCAGCGCUCUGCGUCUGCACCAGAGGCUUCCUCACUUCCAGUUGAGCCGAGUCUUCCUUUCGCAGGCCUUACAGGAGGACAGCUGCCAUUACCUCCUCUACUCACUCAUCCUGGUCAACUCCUACCCCAUCACCAUGAGCAUAUUCCCUGUGUUCCUCUUCUCACUGCUUCAUGCCACCACGUACACUAAGAAGGUUCUUGAUACGAUGGGACCAGACAGUCUGCUGUUUGUACGGAACUUCCUGAACAAACUCACGGCAAAUCAGCAGAACAUUCUCAAGUUCAUCGCCUGUAACGAGAUCUUCUUGAUGCCAGCUACUGUCUUCAUGCUCUUCAGUGGACAGGGCAGCCUGCUGCAGCCAUUCAUUUAUUACCGCUUCCUGACUUUGCGUUACGCCUCCAGACGAAACCCUUACUGCCGGACCCUGUUCAUGGAGUUACGGAUUCUCCUGGAGCACUUCGUGAUGAAGCCCGCCUGCCCAGCCUUCUUCAGGAGAAUGUGCCUCAACAGCAUCGCCUUCGUCAGUCGCCUGGCCCCUACAGGAGUCUAAAUACACUGUGCAUCAACACACACUCCGACACUGCAUCACACACUGAUAAAUACACACACUUAAACUUUUAAGCUCCUACGACGUGACUAGCUGGGACGAGAGUUCCUCCGACGUAGCUUUCUAAGCAGGCAAGGUGAUGUUUCCGAGUGCUCACCCUCGACGUCCUGCCGGUCUCGUCUUCUGCAUGGAAAGCUGUCGCUAUUUCGGAGAAACUCCACAGAUCUGAAAAGGCUGACGGGGGGGGGGAAAGAAAAAGAGCAGCAAAUAACUGCAUACAUUGUGUAUUGUAAAAUCGCUACAGCUCUUCAGUCUUUUGAAGGAUUAUUUAUAAAAAUUAAUACUAAGUAUGGAUGCUUUUCAUAUGGGUGUGGAUGAAAACAAAAAAAAAGAAAAUAUUUAAGCUUAACCUAGAGGAAAUGAUUGCUAGGUAUAUAUUGUUUAUUAGCACUUCCCAGUGCAGGGAGGAGAGAUUUUGAUCUGUCGUUACGUGUGUGUGUGUUUUCGUUGGAUUGUUUCUGUGGUCUUAAAAUUUUUCCAUGUUUUUUUUUUUUUUUUUUUUAAAUGUCUGUAGUUCAGCUGGAUUAUCUUGAAAUCAAAAAGGUUAAUUUUUUUUAAAAGAUUAGUGAGUAGAAUGUACGAACUCUGGUGUGAAUCUUGUCUCUUUCUUAACAGAUUUAUUAAACAUUUAAUGAUCAUGUAAUGUAUUCCCUUAUUAAAAUGCUGCCUUGAAUGUGAAUUGUUGAAAGCAAAAUCAUUUCCACUUUCAGUAAGGAGGGGCUUAAGUGGAUCAACUGCAUUACUUUUUUUUUUAUUUUUUUUAGUUCUAUUUAUUAACUCAUUUGUGUAAUUGAAUUUAAAAAAAAAGUCAAUAAACUUAAUUCUGAAACUUUA